UUUGAGGAAGUUUGAGAUGCUUGAGUCACAGUUUAUUUGCGAUCGUCAUUAUCUGACAGUCAAAAUAGCCGCUGCGCUUUAGAACAGAAUCGGACUAACGGGAAAAAGCCUCCGCUCGGGACCGGGACAAGCCACACUGCACAAUGGGAGCAUCCUCAUCCAGUCUGUUGGACGAGAGUAAAAUAAGCUACAUUCGAGGCCGGACAGAGGCUGAGCUGAAAAACUUUAGUCCUCAUUACAGAAGGCAAAGCUGUGUUGCCUUCUUUUGCCAUCUGAAGGAUGAGGUGGAGCAGCACAGAGCAGGACAGGCCCAGCUCCUCAAACAGAAGGAACCUCCGCAGGCCUCAGAAGUCCUGUACAAGGACAGCAUGCUUUACUUUGAUGACAACAGAAAGUGGAGAGAGAGAUUUGUCGUAGUCUGCGCUGACUAUAGCCUUGAGCUACAUGAUAGCCAGGAGUCUUAUACAAAGGGAACCCCUGCACGCCACAAACUUCUCCCAACAGGAGGCACUGUACUGACCUCAGAGGAAAAAUACACUGCCAUCGUAGACAAGGACUUUCCCGAUCCUAAUGGUUCUAAGGAAGAGCCCUCCGUUCCUGUGGUGGCGGUUCCCGGUCCGCUUCCUGUGUACCUUAGACUGCCUUACAGACGAGACUCAUACUUCUGUUUCCAGCAGGAGGAGAAGCGGGCCCGCUUUGUCUCGAUCCUGAAUGACUGCGUUCGUCAUCAGAACCAAGAUUAUCUGAAGAGUAUGGCAUGUGAAGUGCAGGCUUUCCUGAAGGCCAUUCACUUCUACAGGCAGGAGAAGGGCCACUAUGAAUCAUGGGAUAUGCUGAUGGGUCGUGACUGUGAGGUGCUGGCUAACCUGGUGAUGGAGGAGCUGCUGCCCUCGCUGCAGACGGAGCUGUUGCCCAAACUGAAGGGAAAGAAGCCAGAGAGGAAGAGGGUGUGGUUUGCGACAGUGGAAGCAACCUAUGAGCUUGUACAUGAACAACUGCGAGAAGGAUUGGAGAGUUUGAAAAAUGAGUGCAGAGAUGCCACCAAACAGCAGGAGGCGCUCAUCCGCUCUGACAUGGACCAGAUCAUCAACUCACAAACAUUCCUGGAAACUAAAUUGCAAGCUUUAGUAUCAGAGCCAGCCAUGAAAUACUGUUCAGAGAGCGUGGCCCCAUACCUGACCUCUAUCCUGGAGGAGCUGAUGGGUCCGGUCAGCGCAGGCUUCCAGGCUGUGAGACUGCUGUUGGAAGACGAGCUGACCCGAGUCUGCAAGGAUUUCCCUCAGGGGGGAGUCACAGAGGAACUUCAGAGCGCUCUGAAGCAGGUGGGUCGUGACCGGAUGGAGGACUGUUACCAGCAUGUGAAUGUCCUGAAAGAACAGCUCCAGGAACUCCGCAACCGCUUCAAGUUCUCCAACUCGACUCGAGUAGUUCACUGCACCCAGAAUCAAAUGCAGCAGUUGAUGGAGAAUGCAGUGUACACUUUUGAGCUCCUGCUUCAGUCUGCCUUAAAAGAUAAACCUGACAAACAGGCCUUGGUCAUGGAGAAAGCCAAGCUACGUGUCCUCAAGCAAUUUGACUAUGACAGCAGCACAGUAAGGAAGAAGAUAUUCCAGGACGCCCUGGUUGACAUCACCCUGCCAGCCAUCAAGAGAAACCUGGCCCCCGGCUGCAAAACUGAGCUUCAGAAUUUUGAACAAUUCGUCUUUGCAGAUUACACAAACUUUGUUCAAGUGGAGAAUAUCUAUGAGAACUUACUACUCAACCUUUUGAAUAACGAAGUUAACAAAGUGGUGAAAGAGGCAGCCAGCCUGAAGAAGAACAACCUGUUUGCGGACAGUACUGACCUGCAGUGUGUUAGUCAAAGCAGCUUGGCUGACAGCCGCACGCCGCCCCUCUCUGCCCCUUCUAGCCCACCCCAAGUGCUGGCCUCUGUGGCUCUCUCUCAGAAGGCAGAGCAAAAGAUCUCCUCCCCACCAGGAGGAACCGUCAGUGAAGACACCCACCAGACACAUGAUACUUCAGUCAUUCCUACAGUGAAGAUUACAGUGUCUUCUCCAGAAUCUGCGGAACCUCCAGAAUCACCGUUCAGUGUUGCUGAAAGCCAGCCAGAUGUUCCACCAACAUUACCUAAUAAUUCAUCUCCUAUUCUAGAGAGAGAGUCAGUCGCAGAAACAUCAGUCGCAGAGACUGAUGUUUCUUCAACCAAACCUGAAACCAUCAUAUGUGCAGAGGAUUCAUCUUCUCCACAACCAGAGACACCUUCCAAAGUGAAGGAUGAUGAUGUUACAGAGGGAUCUUCUGUUAGUUCAGACCAAGCAGUCUGUCUCAACUCAGCUGCAGAAAGGCCUGUUGCUCUUGCUGAUGCCUGUGAAACCCUAAAUGUGGAAGCAGAUGAGCAGAGUAAAGAUGCAAGUACUCCGCAGUCUGAAAUCAAAGAGGAAUGUGUCCGUACUGUCCAACCUGACGCUAAACUGACGAUCAGUGAAGAAGUUUGCACAGAUGUAUGUGUUGAAGACACUGAUGUGGACGCCAAGCACAGUGUGGAUAGCCAGGUGUGUGAGGCAGUGCCAUCUAGUGAUGACAAUAGUAAUGAAACGCAAGACAGUCCUGCAGUGGAUGCUUCUCCUGCUCUUGACUCUGUUCCUGAUGGUCCGGUAGGGGGCGCUGUUGCUUUAACAUCAGAGCUGGAGGACCAUAAAGGCAUUGUGAACACAGAUUCACCAGAGGAGACCGCUGACAGUGUGCAGGCUAUCAGAAAUCUCAUAAUGGAGGUCAUCGAGGUAGAGGACAUAGUGAGACCUUGUAAUGAAAACCAGCCUUAAAAAUGUUUUAAUGAAAAAUUAUCAUCAACUAUCCAGCUUUGCUAACAAAACCAACUACAGUGUUCCAAUGUUUUUUUUGUUUUUUAUUCCAUAUAUAUAUAUAUUUUUUAUAGUUACAUCAUUUACUAUUUUUUAUUAUUAAUCUAAUGAUUAACAUUUAAAGUCUGACUUUUUGUAAAAUACUUUGACUCACAUAGCAACCAAGUGUCUAUGUAAACAGAAUUCAGUCCUUUUUAACACUUUAUCUUGUAUCAUAUUAACAAAAAUGGUUGUUUGUACCUGCAGUUUUUUUAGACAGCAUAAUUUUAAUGUUAGAACAUUUUUAUUUUAUUUUUUUAAACAAUGUGAGGCUAUUAAAAUUAAAUGACAAAAACUAGAAACUCUAAAUUUUUAGAUGGUACACAAAUGUUUUUAGUGGACUAAUUUAUUCACAAGCUGUGCUGGCCUGUACAGACAACUCAUUCUUUAUAUUAAAUAACAAGGGGGUCAUGCUGAUCACUAAACAAUUAUUUUUUACCAUGCUGUAGAUUUUCUGAAAAUGAGACACAGUACCUUUGUACAUAUGAUUAUCACAGAGAGUCUGUUAAAAUAAAUUUCCACAAAACAAAA